GGCGGGUUGCUGCUCCCCUGCUGGAGGCUCCGCGGCGGCCACGGGACCCCUGGGGGAAGCGCGCCCCUGCGCCUUGCCUCUGCGUCCCGCGUCCGCAGCCGGCGCUCCGCAGGGACCCGGAGCAGGUGGCCUUCUAGAAGAUGACCAUAGAGGACCUCCCGGAUAUCCCACUGGAAGGAAACUCUUUGAUCGGAAGAUACCCAUUCUUAUUCACAGGCCCCGACACUUCCGUUAUCUUUUCCAUUUCUGCAGCACCGAUGCCUUCGGAUUGCGAGUUUUCUUUUUUUGAUCCGAAUGAUGCAUCAUGCCAGGAAAUUCUCUUCGAUCCCAAAACUUCAGUCUCAGAAUUAUUUGCUAUUUUAAGACAGUGGGUUCCUCAGGUCCAGCAGAACAUAGACAUUAUUGGAAAUGAGAUUCUUAAGAGAGGCUGCAACGUGAAUGAUAGAGAUGGACUGACGGAUAUGACUCUGUUACAUUACACUUGCAAGUCUGGGGCUCAUGGCAUUGGUGACGUUGAGACAGCUGUAAAAUUUGCAGCUCAACUUAUUGACCUGGGAGCAGACGCGAGUUUGCGGAGUCGCUGGACAAACAUGAACGCCUUGCAUUAUGCUUCAUACUUUGAUGUUCCAGAGCUUAUCAGAGUGCUUUUGAAAACAUCCAAACCAAAAGAUGUGGACGCCACUUGCAGUGACUUUAAUUUUGGGACAGCCCUGCAUAUCGCAGCACAUAACUUGUGUGCAGGAGCCGUGAAAACCUUGCUGGAGCUGGGAGCGAACCCUGCAUUUAGGAAUGACAAAGGACAGAUCCCUGCAGAUGUUGUUCCAGACCCAGUGGACAUGCCUCUGGAGAUGGCCGAUGCCGCAGCAAUCGCGAAGGAAAUCAAGCAGAUGCUCUUGGACUCAAUGCCUCUGCCCUGUACCAUCGCUAAGGCCACGCUUCCAAACUGUGACAUCACCACUAGCAAGGCCAUGCUGACAACUCUUGGCCUGAAGUUGGGAGACCGUGUCGUCAUCGCUGGACAGAAGGUUGGAACAUUAAGAUUUUGUGGAACAACGGAGUUUGCAAGUGGGCAGUGGGCUGGCAUUGAACUGGAUGAGCCAGAGGGGAAAAACAACGGCAGUGUUGGGAGAGUCCAGUACUUCAAGUGUGCCCCAAAAUAUGGUAUUUUUGCGCCACUUUCAAAGAUAACUAAAGUAAAAGAUGGGAGAAAAAACAUCACAAAUACUCCUUCCACGAAAGCCACCCUCCAUGCCCGGUCCCAGAAGGUCGAUGUAGCCCACGUCACAUCCAAAGUAAAUUCCGGAUUGAUGACAUCCAAAAAAGAGAAUGCUUCUGAGUCCACACUGUCACUGCCUAGGAGUGAAGAACUGAAGACUGUAGCCAAAAAUGAUGCUGCCCAACCUGGGUGCAUCAGCAGCUCCUCCUCCACGUCCUCCCUGGACCACAAGCAGAGCCACCCAAAGAAGCUGAGCACAAGCGGCAGCAGUGGCAAGAAGGCCUUGAGCAAAAGCCCCUCUCUCCCGUCCAGAGCCAGUGCUGGUUUGAAAUCUUCAACAACAUCUGCAGCAAAUAACACUCACCGUGAAGGAGCACUCCGCCUUGGAGAAAGGGUGCUGGUGGUAGGCCAGAGAGUGGGGACCAUUAAGUUCUUUGGGACAACAAACUUUGCUCCAGGGUAUUGGUACGGCAUAGAGCUGGAGAAGCCCCAUGGGAAGAAUGACGGUUCGGUUGGAGGUGUGCAGUAUUUUAGUUGCUCUCCGAGAUAUGGAAUAUUUGCGCCCCCAUCCAGGGUACAGAGACUGUCAGAUUCCCUGGAUACGCUUUCAGAAAUAUCUUCAAAUAAACAGAAUCAUUCUUAUCCUGGUUUUAGGAGAAGUUUCAGCACAACCUCUGCUUCUUCUCAAAAAGAGAUUAACAGGAGAAAUGCUUUUGCCAAGACUAAGACCACCCUGCGCCGCAGCUGGAGCAGUUCCACCACGGCGGGUGGUCUCGAGGGGACCGUGAAGCUCCACGAGGGGUCUCAGGUCCUGCUCACGAGCUCUAAUGAAAUGGCCACCGUUAGGUACGUGGGUCCCACGGACUUUGCCUCUGGUAUCUGGCUUGGACUGGAGCUCCGAAGUGCCAAGGGGAAAAAUGACGGCGCCGUGGGUGACAAGCGCUAUUUCACCUGUAAGCCGAACUACGGAGUGCUGGUUAGACCAAGCCGAGUGACCUACCGAGGGAUUAACGGGUCAAAGCUCAUUGAUGAGAGCUGUUGAGUUAACCACAGAAAGCAUUGAGCUCCUCUGAGUAUGACUAUGUGCUAGAUGAAAAUAGGGACUAUGACAAAGGGCUUACUUAACAGAAAAUAGAGUAAUCUUCAUAAAAAUCUCCAAAGGAACCCAAGUAUGAACUUUGAGGGUCAUGGUUUUGAAAAUAAUUUCAGAAUAAGCACUUUCUAAAAGUUUAGGUCCCAAGAAAAUUUGAGGACUCAAAAAAAAAAAUAAAUAAAAAGAAAAAAGAAAAGAAAAAAUAGAAUGUGGUACUUAGCAAUAUGUUGUGGUUACUUUGCCAUUUGGCUUCAUUUUUGCACAUGGUGUUACGUUCUUCACAGAGUGAAAGUUUUCACCACCAGCUUUGUGAUGUUCACACCACCUGUUUCCAGUCCAAGUGUUCUGGAAUGUUCUUUUCCAUCCUCUAGUUUGUUGCUAAAAAGUACCUAGAGAGCAGUCACUAAAUAACUGGUGUAUCUUUUAUCCUCUUGGUAGGCUUACUUGCCCUUUGGGGAUAGGCUCCUGUGAACACUUAGAACCUGGGAGGACGGUGGGCACUGGGUGAUACCCGGCUCCGCCUUGCACCCGUUGUCAACCACAGAGAUGUGAUUCCCUUCACUACCAGCUGGUUGGUUAACAGAGCUGAGCGGUACACGGGCCUCCUGACUCCGUGCAUGCCUCCUCACGCAGUGUGCUCUCAGGUUUCCAAUCUGCUGCUCGACUGCCCUGCCCGUAGGCACAACAAGAGACUUGCAGUUAGGCUUGUGAACUCAAGGCAGAACUCUUUUUUUUUUUUUUGCACACUUAUUUAACCUUGUAAGCUCCCGACAUGCACAGCACUUUUGAAACAUGAUGCACUUUUUACUUUUUGAGACUUUGCCUUCAUUUCCUCCUGGGAUAUAAAAAACUUUAAAGAAGUAUUUCACAGAAUGAAUAAAAGUGUGUUGGGGAGGGUGUGUUAUCUGUGUGGGUGUCCAUGGUGUCUGGGCUUGGGUGGGGUCGGGGUUUAGCCAUAGCUGCUGAGUUCUGUUGGCUACACAGCUGCAGAGCCAUGGCUGACCGUUCACUGUCAGGGGCACAUGUUACACUAAGCUUCAUGACAGUGGUGUAAUAAUGUUACACAUUUGUCUUGUGGUUAUGUAUUGAAGUUUCUGUCCUGUUAUGUGUAAAAAUGUAUCCACUCUUGUAUAUAUUUAGACUUGAAACUACCACACAAAUAUUGGAACGGUUUGCUUUAUGAAGUUAAAAGUAUCCUUCCGAAUGGAACUAACUUGCUUUGUGCUCAGACAUAUACUAUGCUGAUGUAUUUUGCAAUAUACUAUCUUAAAUUAAAUCUGGUCACUUUGUUGCCUUUUUAAAAAGUGUGGUAUUUCAAAUAGAGUUAUUUUCCUGAAAUAUAUUUGCAAACUCAAGCUGCUUUAUAAUCAAGGAAUAUUUUUAUUGAUUGAAGAAAAUGACUGCUGCAAUUCAAAAGUGAACUUAUUUUAUUAUAUAGAUGAUUUCUUAAAAGCUAUUUAUACCAUGAUACAAAAUCCGUGACUGUAGUGAGCCUGGGAGUCUGUAGUUCUUCCUGUUAAUAACAUUCAACACUGUAUGCUAGAGGCAGCAAUGCCAACACUGAAGUUAUUUUGGGUGAAAACCGUUGUUCUGUUCCUGUUUAGCUGGGGAUUAUUAAAUCCACAUAAUGUAUGUGCUUACGUAUGCUACAUGUGCAAGUUAGGUGUUUCCUUUGUGUUCUGCUUAUUAAAUGUCAUUCAGAUUCACUUCCUGAAUUCUAAUAAAGAGGGAAGCUGUUGGAGCGGA